AUGAGCAGUCACGAUAUUCCUAGCUACAAGUUGAAUGACGGUAAUGAGAUCCCAGUGCUUGCAUUUGGAUUGGGGACGGCUCUGUUCAAGAAAGACUCUAAAACUGGGCUUGACCAGCAUGUAGUUAACAUCACAACCAAGGCUAUCAAGGCCGGAUAUCGUCAUCUUGAUGGCGCCGAGGUCUACGGAAACGAGGAAGAGCUUGGGCAUGCCAUCAAGGCAGGCGGUGUUCCCCGCGAACAGCUUUAUGUCACCACAAAGAUCCCUGCCGAGAAGAAGGGUUCCGCCAUCGAAGCCUUUGAAGUUUCCCUCAAGAAGCUUGGCCUCGAGUACGUGGACCUCUACCUGAUCCACGGACCCUGGUUCGCAGAGACCGACGAGGACCUUCAGCAGCGAUGGGCUGAACUGGAGCAGAUCAAGGAGUCUGGAAGGGCCAAGUCCAUCGGCGUGUCCAACUUCUUGCAGGUGCACCUCGAGCCCAUCCUAAAGACAGCCAAGAUCAAGCCUGCCAUUAAUCAGAUCGAGUACCACCCUUACCUUCAGCAUGGUGAUCUCCUCGAUUUCCACAAGAAGCACAACAUUACCGUGUCUGCUUACGGCCCCCUUACCCCUAUUGUCACAGCCAAGGGUGGACCUGUCGACCCCCUCUACACAAAGUUGGCCGAGAAAUACGGCGUGACAGAGUCUGAGGUCGGUCUCCGAUGGGUUAUCGAUCAGGACCUCAUUGCUCUCACUACAAGCAACAAGGUCGAGAGACUUGAUGGCUACCUGUCCAGGCUUCCCAGGUUUAAGCUGACGCAGGAUGAGAUUGCUGAGAUCUCCAAGCUCGGUGCAGAGAAACACUUCCGAGGAUUCUGGCGGAAGAAGUUCGAUGAAAACGAUAGAUCGUGA